UGUUAACAGCCUGGGGGCUGGGGGUUGGGGGUUCUAGUGUUAAAGGGGUAUUGAAGACAGUUUGAAGUUUGAACUUUGAAGGGAAGUUUCUUUGUGGGGUCUUCUAUCUCUUCCUCUGGUAAAUGACAGCCUAAUCAACAGCCUGGAAGGGUGGUGGUUGUUCUAGCUGACUAGCUGCACUAAAAAGCAGUGCUUGAUGGGUUUCCAUGGCUGCAUAGCCUGCAUUCACUCUCUGUCAGCUGGGUUUUGAUCUUUCAGCAUUCAAUCAAUACCAAUUUCGCUAUAUACCCAGAUUUUGUCCCCAUUUUUUGCUUCUCUUCUUGAGGUAAGGUAACUGAAAGUGAAUUUAAUUGAAGUAGGCCUUGUUGUGUAUAUUGAGCAAAAUUCGUCUUUCUUGGUGUUGCCUUGCAAAGUCUUUGAUUAUAGUGAUUUGUUAGUUGGUUUAUAUGGAUUUUAGUUCGGUUGGCAUUGUUUAGACGGAUCUGGUAGUUCUGGAAUAUUUGGUUGUGGGGAGGAGUGAUUUGGGAGCUUUUUUUAGCAGCUGGGUGUUUUGAGGGCUUGUUGGUUGUGGAUUUGGGGCAUUCUGUAGAUCUUGGUGCAUUGGGGAUUGGCCAGACAGAAGUAUUGAUUUGUGUAUUUAUGUUUGGCUGGGUAAGUUGGGAAUUGGGCAUUCUUUGGAUUUGUUAGGCCCUUCAGCAUUUUAGUCUCUGCCAAUGGCGAAGAUGAAGCUUGAGAAGUGGGUAUCUUUUGUGCUUGGUUGUCUGUUGUUUGAGUCUCUGUGCCAUAAAUCAUGUGCUUCAUUCACUCCUGUUGAUAAUUACUUGAUUGCUUGUGGUUCUACCAAAAAUGUCACCUUCCAAGGUAGAACUUUUGUUCCUGAUUCAGGGCUUUUGAAAAGUGGGAACUCUGUUGUUUCAAGCUCCAAUUCUAGCGCCCCCUCUCCAAUCUACCAGUCUGCUCGAAUUUUCUCGAGCAUAGCCUCUUACAAAUUUAAAAUUGAACAAGAAGGCCGGCAUUGGGUCCGCCUUUAUUUCUAUCCUCUUCCCAACUCAAGCCAAAAGUUGGCAUCUGCCUCCAUAACUGUAGUCACAGAUGAUGUAGUGCUCUUGAACAACUUCACUUUCAAGAAUUAUAAUGGUUCUUAUAUGUUCAAGGAGUAUGCAGUAAAUGUGACUUCUGAUUCUUUGACACUUUCUUUCAUUCCUUUGAACAAUUCGGUAACAUUUGUUAAUGCCAUAGAAGUUGUCUCCAUUCCGGAUGACGUCUUCCCUGAUCAGGCAUUGGCUCUAAAUCCUUCUACCCCAUUCAGUGGUCUUUCCGAACUUGCCUUCGAAACUAUUUACCGGCUUAACAUGGGGGGUCCAUUGAUUACAGCCCAAAAUGAUACUCUUGGAAGAAUUUGGGAAAAUGAUGCUAAAUACCUCCAUCUCAACAGCUCUGCUUUGAAUGUUUCAGUCAACCCGUCAUCCAUAAAUUAUCCACCUGCAGUCACACCUGAAACAGCACCCAAUAUGGUUUAUGCCACCGCUGAAACAAUGGGAGCAGAGGCAAAUGUAGGCGAUCCGAACUUCAACAUAACGUGGGUGUUUUCCGUCAAUCCGAACUUCAGAUAUUUUGUUCGGGUGCAUCUAUGUGAUAUUAUUAGCAGGUCCCUGAACACUCUGGUCUUCAGUAUCUACAUUAAUGAUGAAAUUGCUCUUGGGAGUCUUGACCUCUCAUCCUUGACAGGCAACCUGAAAGUACCCUAUUACAGGGAUUUCAUUUCCAAUUCCUCAGCAGAUUCAGGUACUUUGACAGUUAGUGUUGGUCCAGAUACCUUGGCAGAUAUUACGAAUGCAACUAUGAAUGGCCUGGAGGUCAUGAAAAUAAGCAAUGAAGCUAGAAGCUUGGAUGGGAUUUCUUCUGUUGAGAGUUUCCUUCCUAAAUCACACUCAAAGAAGAAAAGCAUGGGAAUUAUAAUAAUUGGUAUCAUUGUCGGAGCUGCAGCUGCUGUGGCCUUAGUUUGUUUCUGUUGUUGUUUGAUGGCUCGUAGGUCAAAGACUCCUCAGCAAGGCUAUCCAUGGCUGCCUCUGCCCUUAUAUGGAAACUCUCAGACCAUGACAAAAAUGUCCACAACUUCUCAAAAGAGUGGAACAGCAAGCUGCAUUUCAUUAGCUUCAUCUAAUCUUGGCCGGAUCUUCACAUUCCAAGAAAUUCUUGAUGCAACCAACAAAUUUGAUGAAAGUUUGCUUCUCGGAGUUGGUGGUUUUGGAAGGGUCUACAAGGGAACACUCGAAGAUGGCAUUAAGGUGGCAGUCAAGAGAGGAAACCCAAGAUCCGAACAAGGACUUGCAGAAUUCAGAACGGAGAUUGAGAUGUUGUCCAAGCUCCGCCAUAGGCACCUUGUCUCUCUUAUCGGCUACUGUGAUGAACGGUCAGAAAUGGUCCUUGUUUAUGAAUACAUGGCUAAUGGACCCCUCAGAAGCCAUCUGUAUGGAAUGGAUCUACCACCUCUGUCAUGGAAGCAGAGACUUGAAAUCUGCAUUGGUGCUGCAAGGGGGCUCCAUUAUCUGCACACUGGUGCUGCUCAAAGUAUUAUCCACCGAGAUGUCAAGACAACAAACAUUCUGCUGGAUGAUAAUUUUGUUGCUAAAGUCGCUGAUUUUGGCCUCUCAAAGACCGGUCCAGCUCUUGAUCAGACCCACGUGAGCACUGCUGUCAAGGGUAGUUUCGGUUACCUCGAUCCUGAGUACUUUAGAAGGCAACAACUCACGGAGAAAUCGGACGUGUAUUCAUUUGGAGUUGUUCUAAUGGAAGUUCUAUGCACAAGACCAGCUUUGAAUCCCGUUCUUCCAAGGGAGCAAGUUAACAUAGCUGAGUGGGCAAUGAACUGGCAGAAGAAGGGCAUGUUGGAUCAAAUUAUGGACUCCAAUCUGGUAGGGAAGGUGGAUCCAGCUUCCCUCAAAAAGUUUGGAGAGACAGCUGAGAAGUGCCUUGCUGAGCAUGGAGUUGACAGGCCAUCAAUGGGCGAUGUGUUGUGGAAUCUUGAAUAUGCUCUCCAGCUUGAGGAGACUUCAUCUGCACUUACAGAACCUGAAGAUAAUAGCACAAACCAUAUCCCCGGUAUUCCAUUGACACCGCUUGAGCCAUUUGAUAACAGUGUAAGUAUGAUUGAUGGAAGGAACUCCGGUACAGAUGAUGAUGCUGAAGAUGCUGCCACUAGUGCUGUAUUUUCUCAGCUAGUUAAUCCUCGCGGAAGAUGAGAAGCAAUCACAUUUCCCUGCUAUUCAUAAUCUCUGCCAAUGAAUGUCCUGAGCAUUUGGGCAUCCUGCACUUGCGAGUGGGUGGAAGUAUCUGGAAUGGUUGAGGUUAUGUCUAUUACUUUACUGGCUCUUCUGCCUGAAAUUUGAUUCAAAACAUAUUUGUUUUGUAAUAUAGUCAAGCCAAUGUUUCCAUCAGAUAUGUGUGUAAGAUUUCAUAAGGAUUCCAUUGUUGCCUUCAUUAGCGUCAUCUGGAAUUUCAUAGCCCUUGUUAGUUUUUACACCAUCAUUGGAAUGAAUAUAGUAUAUUGCGAAAGUUGCUAAAUUUGCUUGGCCUA